AUGGAAGCUGCUGGUGGAGCAGACGCUGCUUUUCAGGCCCCUCAGUGGCUGAAUACUCGCCCUAGAGGAGGCCGGCGAAGGAAGCGGACCUCAUUCACGAAAGAGCAGCUAGACGUUUUAGUGGCCACCUUCCAAGUGAACCGAUACCCUGGGAUCGACAUGCGGGAGGAUCUCGCCCAAAGGAUUGGGACGCAAGAAAGCCGCAUCCAGGUGUGGUUUCAAAACAGGAGGGCCAGGUACCCCGGCCACAAGAAAGAGGAUGCCAUUGCAGGUGCCAGGCACUGGAACGGGCAGAGUGCCCCCGACAUUCGAACUCAACCUGAUGGCUCCUUGGCAUCGGGCAGGCAAUGGUUGCCCGGAAACCAGUUCAGUGCACCCAGGGGCCACCACCAGUCCUCGGGUUUCCAAUCAGCAGGGAAUCAAGGCAACAGCUUUCUGGUUUCCCAGAUCCUACAUAACCCGAAUCUGCAGAACAUUCCAGAAGAUGUCUCUUCCCCAAGGUCUCAGGGGCUGAAUGCUAACACCAAGGGUGGCCAAAGGAGGAAGAGGACAACCUUCACUCAGCAGCAGAUGGAUGUCCUGGUGAAGGCAUUUGAGGAGGACAGGAGAGCCAUUGUGCUCCAAGGAGAGAAGGUGGAGCAGACGCCAGACCGUCCUCGUCCAGCCAACAGAAUGCCCCCACAAGGCUGGAUCCACCUGAUGUAA